GUCGGCGCUGGGGCUUUCCCAGAAUAAAGGUGAUCUCAGCUAAACACAAGCCUUAUCAAGGGAAAAACACCAUUGGACAGGCGCGAAAAGUAAAUCUUUGUCUGAUGCUCGACUACACCCACGUGCUCGACUUGAAUAAAACCUCGUCUUCAAACAUGUUGCUAUCACACUUGAAUCUGCCUUUGCCUAUGGACACAAACCCUGGCGACGAGCGAAAUUUUUUGUCUGGAGGAGCAAAAAUGCCCGUUCCAUACCAUUUGGAUGAAUCUGACAGCGACUCUAUUGUAUCUAGUGAAGAUGCGAGUUAUACAGAACUCGUUCCAAUGAGUAGUGGUGCAGGAGACGAAGUGAAAGCGGGACUUCGGAACGCGAUCAAAACGCGUAGAGUUGCCCAAGGUUUGGAUGGAAUGCCGCUAAUCGAAGCGAAGAAACCUAGACUCGAAGUGCUUUCCAAAGAGGAGGAAGAGAAACGUCGAAUUCGAAGAGAACGAAACAAGGUAGCGGCUUUCAAAUGCAGGCAAAGAAGGAAGGAACACAUACAGAAGCUUCAAGAUGAGAGCGACGAGUUAAACUCUGAAAGGAGUUGUUUGGAGAAAGAACUUGUGGCCCUCAAGGCGCAAAAAGAACAAUUAGAGAGAAUGUUCCAAAGCCAUAACUGCAUUUUGAAGAACAAAACCGCUUCAGAAGACCAGGUUAGCGAGGCUAAAUCACCCCAUUCAUGUUCGGUGGAAAUGGCAAAAUCAAACGAGCCAUCCAGUCCCACUAGUCCAGUGCCAGAUUCCAUAACAGCUUAAAGAACAACGUACAUGAAGCAUUUAACAAACUGGUGCGACCUUCGUAGGAAAUCCAACCUCAAGUGUGACAGUUACUCAAGGAAUCAAAGCAUAUGAUUAACACGCGCUGUUUCAACAUUAAUACAUGGAUUACUCUUUGAGUGGAAAACAGAAACAAAACUCGUGUACUGAGUGAAAGAGAACAUUUAUGCGUUAUACUAAUUUAUUAAUCCGUGUAUUAUAAACAAGUUCGGUUAUUGAAAUCCUCUACGGUUUUACUGGGCAAGAAAGAGAGAAAUAGACAAGUGAAGAUUGUAUUAGUUGUAUUAUUCUAUUCAAUUUGUCAAAUAGAAAUAAGAGAUUUUAGUUACGAAUUUUUAAGUUAUUGAACCGUAAGAAAGAUUGAGUAAUAUAUGAUAAAUUUAAGAUGUGUUUCACCGUUUUGCAACAUGUUCAAUUUAGUUUUAGUAAUGUUACGUUUCAGGUUUAGUUUUUGAUAUUUUAAAACUCUUUCUACAUAGAAAGAGUCGAGUGUCGCGAGAAAGAAUAUUUAUUUUCGUGAAGCUGUCGCUCGGGGUUUUUUUGACUUAAACGUACGGGAAACAGAAAGACCGAAAAAAGAAGAAUAUAGGAAACAUUUGGUGAAAAUUCAGUCGGCUCUUUGAAAGCUUUCGCGACUUAAACCUAAGGUCGAGGCGUUAAAAUAUCUGAGCGAAAAAGCAAUCCAUUUUAGGGUAGUACUCACAGUAAGACACGUACGUAUUUAUGAAAUAAUAUUACUUAGAAAUGCAGGAUCGAGAAUUCUUGGUGAAAACACAUUGAAGCGGGAGAGAGAGUGACUUUAUUAACUGUGUUGUUGUUAUUUAGAUAGAAGGUUAAUUAGAAGUCGGUUUUGUUUCCGUUAUACAGGCUCGUCAGUUUUUCGCCCUAAUGAGUCAAAAUAAAUUGUAAUUUGAGAUUUGUGA